AUGAUGGCCUUAUCCAUUUACUCGGCCCCUUCACUUCGUCCUCAACAGACUCUCCAAUUUCUUAAACCAGUCGUUACUCAUCAUCGUGUGAGCAUAACUUGCCGAGUCUCAAUUCCAGAGCUUCGUCAAUCCGUCACUCCCUUUGUUCCUGAGGUUGAAAAGGCGGUGGAUGCUUUGUACUCCGAGUUUAGAGCUGUGGAUAAUUUGGUGGCCCGUAAUACUGCUCGGGUUCUUAAGGCUUUCCAAAAUGCCCGUGUUGGGUCUCAUCACUUUGGUGGGAGCACAGGCUAUGGACAUGAAGAAGCUGGCGGACGUGAGGCUCUUGACCAAAUUUUUGCAGAAGUUUUUGGUGCUGAAUCUGCUAUUGUUCGAGCACAGUUUUUCUCUGGUACACAUGCCAUCACUUGUGCUUUGUUCGCUUUUCUAAGGCCUGGGGAUGAGCUUCUAGCGGCCGCUGGUGCUCCUUAUGAUACAUUGGAAGAAGUUAUUGGAAUCAGGGACUCAAAUAGAAUGGGAUCUCUAAAAGAUUUUGGAAUAGAAUACAGAGAAGUCCCGCUUGCAGCGGAUGGAGGCCUAGAUUGGGAUGCACUUAAGACUGCCCUGAGACCAAAGACUAAAUGUGCACUCAUUCAGAGGUCUUGUGGCUACUCCUGGCGUCGCAGUUUGAGUGUCAAUGAAAUAGGGAGGGCUAUUGAUAUUAUCAAGAUGCAGAAUCCAAACUGCCUGGUGAUGGUGGAUAAUUGCUAUGGUGAAUUUGUGGAGGACAUUGAACCCCCUAUGGUUGGUGCAGAUCUAAUUGCUGGAAGUUUGAUUAAAAAUCCUGGUGGAACUAUUGCUCCAUGUGGUGGGUAUGUUGCUGGGAAGAAGGAAUGGGUGGAAGCUGCGGCAGCCCGCCUAUCAGCUCCAGGACUUGGAGUGGAUUGUGGUUCAACUCCCGGUGACAUAAUGCGGACAUUUUUUCAGGGUUUGUACCUUUCCCCCCAAAUGGUUGGAGAAGCAGUGAAGGGAAGCUUUUUAAUUGCUGAAGUCAUGACAGCUAAAGGAUACAAGGUUCAACCUCUUUCUCGGGUUCCCCGUCAUGAUACAGUGCAGGCUGUGCAACUUGGAAGCCGUGAGCUUCUGCUUGCCUUCUGUGAAGCUGUACAGAGAAGCUCACCAGUAAGCUCCUUUAUUCGUCCAGUUGCCGGUGCAACUGUUGGCUAUGCUUCAGAGGUGAUUUUUGCUGAUGGAACCUUCAUUGACGGGAGUACAAGUGAACUCUCGUGUGAUGGACCUUUGAGGGAGCCCUUUUGUGUUUUUUGUCAGGGUGGCACCCAUUGGACACAAUGGGGACUAGUCCUAGGAGAGAUUCUAAAACUUUUGUGA